UAUUAUAAAGAAAAAUAGUUGUGAUGCCUGGUAAUUCAUGUUCAGUGUGUAAAAGUAGCUGGAAUAAUACCGUUUCAAUGUUCUCGCCUCCACGCGAUGAAUAUAUGAGAGGUAAAUGGGAAGUAGCGAUUGGCGUCAAGCUAACACAAAGUUCAAGAUUGUGCUCCAAACACUUCUGUGCAAACGAUUUCACAUCGGCAAACCCAAAAAGAGCACGAUUACAAUCAGACGCAGUGCCCUCGCUGAAUUUAUCGAGAGCAAGCGUUGAAAGGAGAAAGUCGCAGGAAUGUUUAAGCGCCAUAGACAGUUAUAGGAAAAACCGAGCCUCUAUGGAACAACUAUUAUUCUUUGUAAACUUUGCAAGGAAACACCCAAAAAUACUAACAUCGAAGUUCGGCGCUGUAAGUCACUUAUGGGAAGGAUUGGCGAGAAAUUUGAAUUCAAUGGAUGGCGCUUGUCGUUCAGCUGAUAAAUGGAAAGAGUCUAUGAGCACUUGGCGCAGUCAACUAAGGUGUCGGGCACGCCGUGGCAAAAGUAGCGGGGUUCCACAAUUUGAUGAAUUCGCUUUAUGGAACUUCGGACAGCGCUCACUAAAUGAGGAAGUGAAUUUAGUUAUUAAUUCCACAAACAAUGACGCUGUUGCUGAGGACGUUGGUGCAGAAAACAUGGUGAACAAAGCAGACAAUAUUAAAGGCGUACUGAAAACGGAAUUGGUCAAAAUCAAAAAAGAAAUUGAUAGCUCUGAUGAUGACAAUAGUCGUCUAGAUGACUCUCAGGCUGAGGUCACACACACUUUUGAGGAAACAUUAGAUAUCAAACAUAAUAUUGUACUUUCGGAGGACAGUAACCCAAGGUACGAGGCGAAUCAGUCUAACACAGUGGAAGAUAUUUCAACAUUGGGCUUCCCGGGCACUUCGCGUUCUGAAAUAUUUGUUAUUCCCCGUCAAACAGUGACCAAAGAAACGGAAAAGGCAAAAAUAUUUAUUAUUCCGCGCACAUCAACUGAAAACAAUACGCCUACAAGAACCGAUAAUGUUCAAAGAAAAAUUAUACAGCUCGGUCCACCACCGCCACAUUCAAAUAGCUCAAAGUUUUCGUCCAACUUAAAAGUUUUGUCAAGUUUGGAAAACAAACACACAGCUGCCACACAGUCCGCAUCGUCGCCUGAACUACAAGUACCCGGAAGUACGACAAAUGCUCCUAAAAAACGAAAAUCAGCAGCACUGAGUGAUAUGUACGAAACCCUCUUGGAGAGCAUGAAAAGACGUGACCAGCGAGAGGAACAAUUCAUAACUGUGAUACAAGGAUUAACAGCCGCUGUGACAAAAAUGGCUGAUAACGUAAAGCGGCUAGAAGAGGUCUUGACGUUCUGUGCAAAUGAUUCAUAAGGAACAAGCCAAACAACAGUCGGACAUCCUUACUAUUACAUACAUACAUAUAUUUAAUAUAUUCAACUGCAAUAAACUGUGAAUUAUAAUCAGAA